CGAUGCAAAGUUCUCCAUUUUCUCCAUCUUCGCCAUUCGUGUUUUGCAUCCGUUGUUGCUGUUUAAUAACGAAAUUUUCUAAAAGAAAAACCGCAAAAUCUCCAACAAAAACGUUUACCACUAACCGUAUCUCGAAUUUAAGAUGAGUUCUGAAAACGAAAGUGUUUCUCCUCCAAUGAACAUCGAAAAGUACUCUCUUGUGCUUGUGGACGUUGCCGGCACAACCACUUCCAUCAACUUCGUAAAGGAUACACUAUUUCCUUUUGUCACCAAACAAGCUGAACCUUUUCUUCAAAAAAAAUGGGAAGAAGAAUCUAUUAAAGAUUGUAUCAAAUUAAUCCAAGAAGGAGAUGCCAAUUUGGAUCUGGCAGCCGCAGUAGAACGUGUCAAAGCCUUGACCCAAGAAGAUAGCUCCAAUAAAGGUCUGAAAACGCUUCAAGGGUUAAUCUAUAAAGAUGGUUAUGAAAAAGGUGAACUUAAAGCACACGUUUUUGAUGAUGUUCCUGAAGCUUUUGAAACUUGGGCCAAAAAUCGACGCAUUGCUGUCUACUCUACUGGAAGCGUGGAUUCACAGAAGUUGCUUUUUAGUAACACAGUUAAAGGAGAUCUUUCUGCACAUAUUUCUAAAUAUUUUGACCAAUCUGUAGGACCCAAGACUGAAGCUGAAAGUUACAAGACUAUAGCGAAAGAAACUGGAGCUAAACCUGAAGAAAUCGUCUUUAUUACUGACGAUCCUAAAGAAGCGACAGCUGCUAAAUCUGGAGGACUGGCGACUGUCUUAAUGAUCAGAGAAGGCAAUUCUCCUCUAUCAGAUGAGAUUUCUAAAGAAUUUACAACCGUUAAUUCCUUUAAAGACUUAGAAGUUGAUAAAGCUUCCAAGCGAAAAAUUGAAGAGGGGCCUACAUCAGAAGAGGCGCCACCUUCAAAAGUUCCUAAAACUGAUGUGGAAGAAAAACCAACUGAAGAAAAAGCAGAGUCAAUGGAAAUUGAUGCUGGAAAGUCUGAAACUACUGAAACUGCCAAAAACGAGACUGAACAACAAACGGAAAAGACUGAAAGCAAAGAAGAGACUAUCGAAAUCACAGAACCUGAAGAAAAAAUGGAAACAGUUGUUGCAGAAGCAAAAGUAGAAGUAGCAACUGAAGAGACUAACACAACAACGGAGCAAGAAAAACCAAAAGAAACUGAAGAACCAAAAGAAACAGAACCAGACGCUAAACUUGGAGAAACUAAAGACGCAACUCAGGAUUCUAAACCGGCAGAAGAGGCUAAGGUAACUGAGAAACCCGACGAUACUGAGAAACCUGUAGAAGAGGCACAAGUGUCGGCAGAAACAUCUAUUGAAGAAACCCCUGAAAAGACUGCAGCAGACACAAGCGACACGCCUGUGGAAAACAGUGAGGGAAAAACCGAAACUGUGGAAAAAGCUGAAGAAAAGGAAAAUAAGAGUGUCCUUGCCAAUGGGGUUGAGAACGGAAAGGAAGAGAGUGAAACUGUUACUGAUGCAGCUGAAAGCACUGAAGUCAAAGUCGAUGAAGUGGUUGAAAAGAUCGAUGAAACUGAGGUCAAAGUGAAAAAAUUAGAAGAGAGUGCUGAAAGUAAAACAGUAAGUGUGGAGGUCUAAUAUUAAUUUUUUAUUUGUUCCAUAUUUAUACUAGAUGUAUUGUAAUAUUGUAGUAUUCAUUUUUUUUUCUUUUCUUCUGUUAUUUAUUACCAACGUUUCUCUAGAUAUCACAUCUAAACGAAUGUAUUGUCGAGUAUUCGUAAGUUUCUUGGUUUGUACCGUCAAAAUUUCAAUUUUCAAGUGCCAAAAUUUUUAUUGGAAUUAAGACUGGACCCAAAGACUGUUUUUUUAAUCUCACUUUUGUGAUACUCAUUUUAAGACUAUUGAACAGUAUUAAAUUUCUGUCACUCAUUAUUUAGCGUUUUGUCCUUAUUUUAGCUAUGUAGCUCGCUUUCUUAAUCACAUUCCUAAUGACUAUAUUGGUAUGGUUAUUUUUUAAUAUGAACGCAUAUACUUAAUAUACCUAGUUUUGUAAGACAAUUCGUUUCCCGUGUUCCACGUUUGUUCCAUUUUUAUGGCUCAUAAGAUUGUGAUAUAAAAAAUUCGAAAAUUUUGGAAUGCUACAUUGCGUUUUGUUUUUCUUGUGAUUUGAGUUUUAGUUAAGCAAUAGUGAUGGUGUACAGGCCUAAUGUAUAACUACAGUUCAUUGUAUACGUUACUUAGCAUCUUAAUAAAAUUUUUGUAGUGUUCUA